AUGGGGGGAGAGGGGCUGCGGGGGGGAUCCCAGCCGCCGCCGCGAUGCCCGCGGGGCGCCCUGGCCGCAGCCGCUGCUUCUGCAGGCUGGGCGCUCCUGCUCUGCCGAGGGCUGCUGGUGCGGAGCCUGGAGUAUAACCAGCCGGCCGACAACUACACCGUGUGUCAAGGGGAUGAUGCCAUUCUAAGCUGUUCCAUCGACGAGGAGGUGACCCGGGUGGCCUGGCUGAAUCGCUCCAACAUCCUGUACGCCGGGAACGACAAGUGGUCCAUCGACCCGCGGGUCCGGCUGCUCACCAACAGCCCGGCCGAGUUCAGCAUCCUCAUCGCCAGCGUGGACAUGUGGGACGAGGGGCUGUACACCUGCUCCUUCCAGACCCAGGCCAAGCCCCACACGGCGCAGGUCUACCUCAUCGUGCACGUGCCAGCUCGGAUCACGAACAUCUCCUCGGCCGUGACGGUGAACGAAGGGAGCGACGUGAGUUUGCUGUGCAUGGCCACGGGCAAACCUGAGCCCACCGUGACCUGGAGACAGCUGAGAGACGGGUUCACCAGCGAAGGGGAAUAUCUGGAAAUCACCGAGAUCAACAGGCAGCAGGCCGGGGAAUACGAGUGUGUCACGGCCAACGGCGUCUCUCUGGCCGACAGCAAGAGGGUCCUGAUCACAGUCAACUACCCUCCCACCAUCAAGGACGUGAAGGACGCCUAUCCCCCCGUGGGGAAGCCGGCACUGCUGAGAUGUGAGGCCAUGGCUGUGCCCCCUGCUGAAUUCGAGUGGUUUAAGGAUGACAAGCAACUCUUUGGGGGCCUCGAGGGGCUGCGGAUCCGGAACGAGCGCACGCGUUCCAUGCUGCUCAUCGACAACGUCACCGCUCGGCAUUAUGGGAACUACAGCUGCCUAGCCUCCAACAAGCUGGGGAUCUCCAACGCAAGCCUGCGGCUGAUACGACCCGGCUCUCUGGAAAACGUAGCCGUGACUGGGAUGGAGUCCCCCUUGUUCCUGGGCUUGCUGUCGUCAGCCUUUGUGACUCUCCUGUUUAAGAUCUAGCGUGUUCGGCAGGCGCAGCGGGAGGAGAGGCCGCUCGGGCGGAGAGGGAGAGCGCAGGAGAGACCUUCUCCUUUCCGGGAGAGACGAAGAGAGAAAACAAAGAAACAAAUCUUAUCAAGAACCCCAGCACUGUGAGGGAAACAUGAAAAAAAGAGAAAAAAAAUGACAAAAAAAAUAUGCAUUUCUUUCUACGGCCAUUUUCCGUCACUUUCAUCCCAGACACUUCCAGCUGGACUUGUUCUAAAGGGACAAACAAAUUGACCUGCAAAGACACAGGGCUUUAAAGGGUUAACAGCCAGUGCUUCUGUGCCCCAUGGGGGCCCCCCACAAUAGGGCUCGCGGUGAGGGGCUGUUCCCCUGCUCUGGGAGAGUUUGCAGUUCUCAGCUGCCCUGAAGGACGAGCUUCACUGGCUUUUGCAAAAGUUGGGGGCUGGGCCUUUCUGUAUCACACGGCGUGUUUGAGUGGGGAAUUUCCCUAGUCUGGGGCUGAAAAAUUCCUCAGCCAACAACGUUUCUUGGGCUGAGGAUGACCCUUCUUUACACAGGUUUUGGACUCUGAAUUUCCUGAUUUCAUGAAGCUCUCCGGGCUGAGAUCUUCCUUCGCUCACCAAGUUUUCUGGGCUCAAAAUUCCCUUGGUUUACACAGAUCUGAGGCUGAACAUUUCUUUCCUUCACAAAGGUUUUGGGGCUGAGAAUGAUCCUUGUUUACACGGGUCUGAGGUUGCAAAUUAAUUA